AUGUCAGAAAAUAACGAAGAAUCAUACUCCAUGUACCCAAAAACAUCGUCUCCGCCGCCACCACAUGCAAAUAUGCAUUUUCCAAUGUACCAAAGUCCAGUACCGAUGUAUGCUUAUCCACAGAAUCCCUACAUGUAUGCUACUGGACCAACGCAGGCUCCAUCAUAUCAUUUUAAGUUAAUGAAUCAAAAUCAAGUGAUGUAUCAGAACGGAGGUUCUAUCCCACAGCAAAAUAGUACACCUUCCACUUUAAAAAAAAAAUGGAAUAAUAACAACAAUAUCACUAAUAAUACAGGCACCAAUGGAAGCACUAAUGUUGCUAAAUCUCACACUUAUUAUCCAGGUCAAAGUCAAGCAUAUUAUCCUGCUUCUUCAAUGAAUAAAAACAACUCAGCCACUGCUGCAUAUGAUCCAUAUAAAUUUGAUGUUUCAAAGAUAAGUUAUGAAGAAAUGAAAAAAGAUUUCCCAGUUUUUAUCAAUACUGAUGCGGAUGAAUUUGUAAAGGCAAGAGCUAAGAGGCACGAACUUAGAUUGAAAAUGUUAAGUUCAAAGGAAAAGCUUAUAGUCUCUACGAAAAAAGAAAAGAAGGAAGAUAAUAAAGUUGAAGUAGAGUCUAAAGCAGAAAUAGAAGAAAUACCAGAAAUGGAAGAAACCACAAUUGCCAGCGAGCUUGUAGAGGACAAAGCUGAGGAAAAGUCUUCAAAAAUAGUGAAGCCAAAAGUACAAGAAUCAGAUGCAUCACAUAAGAAGACUGAAAAACAUAAGAAGAAGGAGAAAAGAGAAGAAGAAGUUAAAAAAUCCAAUUCUACGACGCCUUCGCCAAGUGCUACACCUGUAUCUACAGCAACACCGAGCACUCCGCCAAUUGUUGCGCCAGCACCAACAAAACAACAACCUGUGACGAAAUCAUGGUCUGCCAUCGCUUCGUCUGGUAUUGCGAAAAGUAAACCAGCUUCCAUAUCAAGACCGGCGUCAUCUAACUAUAGUACCCCACUGCCAAGUCCUUUACAUACGCCACAAAAGAAAGAUACCAGGUAUGUACCACCUUCUACGAAAGGUGCGGAACCGUUAGGUUCAGUGACGUUAAGAAUGUGUUUUGAUCCGGAUUACAUUGGAUAUGUACUGAAAAAAGAUUCAGAAAAUGAUUUAUUACCAUUGAAAUCAAUUUUCCCUCGUGGUAUUAUUAAUACCGCAAAUGUCUGUUUCUUAAGUUCAGUAUUACAAGUUUUAUUGUACUGUCAACCAUUUAUUGAUGUACUAAAUGUUUUAAGCACAAGAAAUGUUCAUUCAAGAAUUGCAUCGUCUCAAAGUAAAUUAUUAGAUGCAUGCAUUACAAUUUAUAAACAAUUUGAUAGGGAGAAUUUUCUCGAAAGUAAAAAGAGACAACAAUCAGUGGAAGAUGAAAUUGAAGAUAACGAAAAGACACCAACGUAUGGUAGUGUAAUUGAUGCUAUCAACCCUGAUGAAUUUUAUAGAACGAUUUCAACAAUUCCAAAAUUCAAAGAUUUGCAGUGGGGUCAACAAGAAGAUGCAGAAGAAUUCCUAACGCAUUUAUUGGAUCAAUUACAUGAGGAAUUAGUUGCAUCAAUUAAUUUAUUGAGUGAAAAUGAAAUUCAAAAUAUUUUGCAAAGCAUCAAUGAUCAAGAAUUGAAAGUUUUCUUUAUUAGGAAUUUAUCUAGGUUUAAGAAAUCUGAAUUCUUAAACAAUGCAAGUGUUCAGUUACAAGAAUUGAUUAGCAAGUAUGGCAAUGCUAGUGAAGAGAAUGAGGAGGAUGGUUGGCAUGAAGUGAGCAGCUCUGGUAAACGUAGUAAGAAAAAUAAGACUGCAGCAAAAAGAACUGUUGAAGUGAUUCCAUCACCAAUUUCCAAAUUAUUUGGUGGACAAUUCCGUUCCGUGUUAGAUAUCCCAAAUAAUAAAGAGAGACAAUCGAUUACCUUAGAUCCAUUCCAAACGAUACAAUUGGAUAUAUCAGAUUCCAGUGUCAUUGAUUUAGAAGGAGCAUUCAAGAAAUUUAGCGAAUUUGAAUUGAUACCGUUCAGAACAUCAUCAGGAACCGAUGUCGAGGCUAAAAAGCAAACAUUUAUUGAUAAAUUACCUGAGGUGUUAUUAAUUCAAUUGAAAAGGUUUUCAUUUGUGAGUAAUGUUGGUAAGAGUAACGAUAUGACUAAUUACAAUGCAUACAAUGGACGUAUCGAAAAGAUUCGUAAGAAGAUAAAUUAUGGACACGAACUUAUAAUCCCCUCGGAAUCAGUUUCAAGCAAUGCUACUAUGAGUAAUCGUGAAUAUUCAUUGACUGGUGUGAUAUACCAUCACGGAUUAAGUCCCGAUGGUGGUCAUUAUACUGCGGAUGUAUUACAUUCCGAGAGUAAGAAAUGGUAUAGGAUUGAUGAUGUUAAUAUUAACGAAUUAGAAGAAGAUGAUGUCUUGAAAGGAGGUGAAGAGGACAACGAUUCGAGAACUGCAUAUAUUCUGAUGUAUCAAAAGAAGUGA